CACAAUAAAAAUAGAAAAAGUGUCAUUUUCGGAUAUGAAAGUAUACCACUGACAUUCCUAAUUUUGCAUCUCGAUUCUCAAGAAACAAUGGGCGGUCAAAGAGGCCUCUGACAACAGGGCACAACAAAAGUGUCCGAAAAACAAAUCUUCCGUCACCUUGAGAGCAGCCAGAAACACUCGACGAGCUUCAGUACAGGCUCAACCAUAUUCUGUCCCAAUUCGUCCGAGCCUUAUAAAAACAUUAAAACUGUUAAAUUUCCGCUGCCCCUGCACCGAUAAAAAAGACAGAACCGAAAAGUCGAAAACAAAAGCGGUUAGAAGACAUUUGAAUGUUGUGGGACAACGAUAUCGCUUGAAGAAAGGUUAAACUCUUGGUGAGACAAAUUCCAACGGUCAACGAAGGUGUGUCAAGAUGACAGUCGUUGCACCGGGCAGGGAAUUCACGAUUUAUGUGACUCAUGUGGACAGCCAGGGUCCUCUCCUCCGGGUAUGGGGACAAAUCGAUAAGGAUGCAGCGGUGAGAAUCGAGUCAUUGAUUGCAAUGAUGAGCCCAGGCUUUGAAAAGGGUUUUGGGGCGAUCCAGCGCGAUGCCCAACUGACAUUGCACACAACUUGCUGUGCUUAUCACGAUGAUGCCUUCUACAGGGCGAGAAUCCUGCGAUCCAACAGUGGAAAUGGAACUGUACUCGUCCAUUUCCAGGAUUAUGGAAAUACGGAGACGGUUUCGUAUGGUGACAUUAGGAUCUUGAAUGACACUCAGGAGGGCAUUCAACUGCAAACUAUGCCCCCAGUUGCUACGGACUUUAUCAUGGCGGAGGUACUGCCUUUCAAGGAUGUAUGGGAUCCGGCCACGGUGCAUAAUAUCAAACACACCUUGAGGUACAAUGAAAUGAUGGCAGUGGUGUGCUCGGUGCUGCAGAACAAAACGAGAAUGCUGAAGCUCUUCUUCGAUGGACAGGAUUACUCAGAGCUCAUGAUCAAUAAUAGGAUGGCAUUGCCUGCUUCCAGUGACGAUUUGACUAAUCUAAUAUGCGCCUCGCCAUCCUCUCCAGCAGUCCCCUCACAUCAGCACCGACAGACUCGUCCUAACCAACCGCAAUACCCCCCACAAUCCCAUCUUACUCCUCAUCACCAGCAGCCAGCCUUCGAUACCUUCAACUACAAUCACUCCCAGAAACCCUGCAACAACAAUUUCUACCAGAAACCUAAAUUACAGGGCUAUCAAAGCUAUCCUCGUCAGCCUCAGGAAAACUGGCGCCAGCAAGCACCUCAACAGCCUUUCUAUGUUCCACCUCAUCAAUAUCCUCUCACACCUGCGCCAAACUCCAACUCUCCUCUGUCUCUUGAGAAAGCCGCUCCGAAAACAGCCCAAUCCAUGGUUAAUCGAGUUCUGAAGUACCGAAGAUACCCAGUCCUCGUCUCCUUCGUGGAAGAUGGGCCCUUGAAGUUCGCAGUGCAACCUGAGGAGAAUCUGGAGGAGCUGACGGACUUGAUGAAACAAAUAAGUUCAUGUUCUCUCAAACUGCUCUCAGAGCCCCCAAUUCCAGGUUCAGUUUGUUUGGGUCGUUAUUCCCAGGAUGGAACUCUCAGAAGAGCAGUUGUUCGAUCAGUAACAGACUCCCUUCAGGCAAAAGUCUUCUAUAUAGACUAUGGCUCCAGUGAGAUUCUCUCACACUCUGACAUCUACGAACUACCCCUGGAGUUCGCUCAUCCUUACGUAUUCUCGAUAAGGUUCACCUUGAGCAGUGUUCAAUAUCUGAUCGUUAGUGAGGAGAUGAAGAAAUAUUUUCAGGAGCUCGUCCAGGGUAAGAGAAUGAUCUUGGAUGUAGUGCCUCCAGAGAACUCACCACUGAUGCAGUAUGGACAUCUGUGGGACAAUGGCAGGAACAUCUUGGAUAUGCUGAUUGCCAAAUUCCCAGGGUGCACUGAGAACUGGCCCGAGAGGAGACCCUUGAGCAGAGGAAUCAAGAAGGCUGUCCAUGUCUGCUAUGUCCAGGGAUGCAGCAAUUUUUAUGUUCAGCUUGAUGACGACACGAAUACAUUGGAGAGAUUAACGAAGACUCUAGAGGAGUGCAUUAAGACUGCACCACCUGUUAAGCCUGCGUCGAUCAAACCUGGCUACAAGUGCCUGGCACACUGCAGUGUCGAUUCUCAGUGGUACAGGGCAAAGGUUAUCAAAACAGAUGGCAAUCAGGUCACUGUUCACUACGUUGAUUAUGGGAAUAAUGAGCCCAUUCCGAUUUCUGCACUGAGAACGGUGGGAGGAGAAGUGCUGACGAGAAUUCCAGCACUUGGGAUCAAGUGUUCCUUGUAUGACUUCCAGGGGAAGGAAGUCAUCCAGGAAGUUGAUAAUCUAUUUGAGAAGAUGGUGAUGGAUAAGGUUCUGGAGAUGGUUGUGUUGAACCAUCAUGCUGAGGGAAUUGUCGUCAAGAUGUUUGAUAAGAGUGUGCAGCCACAUGUGGAUGUGGGUGAACAGAUGAAAGGCUUUGUACAGAGAAGUGUAAUGGAAGCUCAGAUAAGGAGUAACGUGCAGACAGGACCCCCGGCACGUGGACGCAGGUCCAGCGUAAAAACGCAACUCCAGAGCCACCCACAUAAGUCGAAAUCCAAAAACAUUAGACACCCACGUGAUGAAAUCAACAGCUGGAAGUCUCCUGAGCCCUUGCACAAGGUCUGGAAGGACCAGGAGAAUGAGCAAAAAUAUCAAGAUCUUCAGGCACAACGAACCGCACCACAGGAGUGGGUGGUGGCCCCCCAGGCUGAUCGAUUUACUUCGCGAAACGACCGAAACGAGCGAUCUAGUAGGGACUCCCCUCGUCUAGAUCGCAGCGACGCUCGAAUCGAACGCUCUCCCCACGACCUAACCCCGAGGACAUCAGACAGGUCCAACCGAACGAACCCGAUAACACCUUCCUCUCGUUCAGAGCGAAAUCCCUCGAACGAGAAAGUCUGGAAUGACAAGGACUCCGACACCUCCUCAAGAGGUGGAGGAAGUCGCAGGGAACGUCCGUCUCGAGGUGGAGGCAACAGGCCCCAGCGAAACGACUUUCAACGAUCUCCGCGUGACUCCGAAUCGAGUGAGAGCAGCUACAAAUCCCCAAGACCAUUGAGUAAUUCGAAGAAUCCAGCAGGAAGAUCACCGAGAGACCUAAGCGGCAACAACAGACGUCAAAACGAGCUCAGAGACUCUCGAAAACCCUCUUCCGCAUCUUAUCAAUUCCCUUCAACUUCCUCCAUUCUUUCCUCACCCUCUGCGCCCCAGAAAACCCAACAACUGAGGAUUCCGCCUCCUAAUGUCACUCUGGGAGCCAUCAAGAACUGUGAACUCGUUCAUAUUGUCAGCCCCGCGGAUUUUUGGAUCAUCCUCCACCCUGAUUACCAGGAACUGGAUGGGUUAAUGAUGAAAAUUUCUGAUAGUUACAAAAUGAAAGGACACGUCUUGUCUCAAACUUCAAUAAAGCCUGGAACAGAUUGUGUUGCUCAGUUUUCAGAGGAUUCUGAGUGGUACAGAGCAACUGUCGAGGAAGUGACUCCCACGGGGGCUAAAGUUCGCUUUGUAGAUUACGCAAAUUGCGAAGUUGUCCCCUUCGACAAGAUCCAGGGGAUCAAGGAGGAGGUAUGCAAGCUCCCAGCUCAGGCCGUUCGAGUUAAACUCCUAGCAGCCAAUGAAAAAAUCUGGGAUCCCAUCGAAAUCGACGCAUUCACAUCAGCUCUCGAGCUUAAACCCCUGGAGGCUGAAUUCGUUGGUCUCGAGAACAAAAUUUAUACAAUUCUUCUUCGCGAAGUUGUUGACGGGGUCCCACAGAAGGAGUAUAUCAAUGAGCGGUACAGCAAUGGUACGGAUUUGAUGGAGGCUAAAGAGUUAUCGAGGAACAAGAGCAGAAAGGCAAAUCAAUCCAGGAGACCAAGGGCGUCAGCACCUGAUUAUGCUCCUAUGAAUCAGAAGUGGAAGGAUUCGUCUGUUGAUCUUGGAGGGCCUCUCGAGGUGAUGGUGACCUGGUGCCUGAAUCCACAUAAUUUUUACUGUCAGCCGUUAGCAGCUGAAGAGGAGUUCAAGCAGAUGAUGAACGAUAUUCAAAGAGUUUACGCGGGAAGGACACCUGUGGAGGAGCCACUGGAAGUGGGGACUGCUGUCAUUGCUGUUUUUGCCGAUGAUGGGGCGUACUAUCGGGCUGAAAUACUCGAGUUGAAUAAGCUCAGGGGAAAUAUCAUCAGGUAUAUUGACUUUGGUAAUUGCGCGAUGGUGGAGACCAAGAAAACAUUCAGGGUUGAGAAGCAAUUUAUGGAGAUGCCCAAGCAAGCGUUCAACUGCACUCUGAAGAAUGUGGUUCCUGUCAGUGGGAAUAACUGGACCAAGUCAAACUCUCAUGAAAUCGACAAACUCUUUAAUGUGGAGAAGUUUGAGUGCUGCAUCCACGAGAUCAAAGACAAUAAGUAUACAGUAUCCCUGAUGUUUGAGGAAAAGGAUCUGGCUGGGAUCAUGGUGGAGAAGGGUCUAGCUGAUUUUGCAGUUUCUUCGACUGUCGUGGAGGAACCGGAAGUGGUGAAAUCGAAGGAUAGCGCAGCUGUGGGACAGGCUGAGAAGGCGGCUAGUGCUCAUGAACAACCGACAGUGAGGAUCGAUAUCAGCAGGCUGGAGGGACAGACGAUCAGGGUAAAGGUAUCCAAUGUUGAGGGACCUGAACGUUUCCAUAUUCUGCUGCCUUCAGCUGGAGAGUGCGAGAAGGGAGUUGUUGAUUUCAUGGCUGGAAAGAGUGCUGAGGUGUUGCCGAAACUAUCGAAGCGUGAGGUGUUCCUUGGCUCAGGUUGUCUAGUUGAGACCAAGGGUGGAUGGCAGCGUGCUGUUGUCAUAAGUACCUCACGAUCAACUGGCUUUGACGUCAGGCUCAUUGACACUGGGGCCAAACUAGUGAUACCAAUGGACUGCAUGCUGGCGUUGCCAUCACAACUCGCACUUAUGCAGAAUCAAGCGGUUGAGUGCUACGUCAAGAACGCCAAAUCCAAUGCCAAUGUCGAUCAAAAUUUCAAGGCUAUGGUGGAGCACAAGGAGGUGAUCAUUCGUGUCGAGAACGUUGAUAAUAAUAGGCUUGCCGUAUCAAUCUUCGACACUACCGGUCACAAGAUCCAGCUCACUCCGACUGACCCACCGGAAGCUAUCUGUCCGCUCCUCCCAAUGCCCAUAAUUCACUCAGUGAACAGGGUAAUAAUAUCUCACGUAAACCACUCAAAGAGUUUCUACUUGCAACAAGCAUCAGGCAUCCCAGACUUGCAGUCUCUUCUCGACGAGCUCUUUAAUUUCUACUCGAAUUCAGGGCGUCCCCUGGACCGCUCAAACUCGUCCUCGAUACUCUGCGCAGCCCAGAGUGAGGACGAGAACUGGUAUCGAGCGAAGAUCCUCGAAGUCACCGAGACAGGAGCCCUGGUCCAGUACCUGGAUUAUGGAAACACAGAGGAAGUGCCUUGCCACUUGCUGAAGGUACUCGAGCCCCAGCACUUGAUCAAACCCCAGAUGUCUCUGGAGGUGUCCCUAUCAGUGACUCUAAAAGGGACCGAAUCAGAGCAAUCAGAGGCAUUGAAACCCCUUAUCCUGGACAAGGAGUUUACCGCUUCUCUGUACUAUAUCCGAUCAAAAUGGAUCGUUGAGCUGGAAGACUCUCCAGGUGCAAAAAUAAGCGAGACCCUGAGAUCGUUGAACCUUCUGAAGCCAGAGGAACAGCCCAAAAAAGUAGAAAUCGAUCCUACAGAGCCAGAUGACCUAAUCGUGGGUGGAAAAUACAAAAUAGCAGUGACGCACGCAGAUAAUCCAGCCCAGUUCUACAUCCAACGUCUUCGAGAUGCAUCAGCAAUCGACGCUCUCCAGGAGAAGCUUCAGUCUGAGGUCCUCAGUUACUCUCAGAUCGAGGGAAUCCCAGAGGAGAAUCUCUUCUGCGCUGCUACGUACUCAGCGGAUGGCCUUUGGUACAGAGCUGAGGUGAUCGAUGCUGACGAGGAUCUUGUCACUGUCAGGUUUGUGGACUUUGGAAACACAGAUAGCAUCACCGAUAUUAAGAGUGGGAUAAAACAACUGCCAGAGUCGAUGAAGUCAAUUAAGAGGUAUGGAAUCAAGUGCAGAUUGGAUCUGAUUCCUUCUGGCGAGGAGGACUGGUCCGAGGGGACUUGCGAGAAGUUCCGGACUAUGGCGACAGCUAAGGAGUUCAUUGACGCUGUGCUAAUUGCUGAUGGAAAUCCGAAAAGAUUUGAGUUGUUUGUUGGAGAUGAGAACAUUGGCGAUAAAUUGGUAGAGGAGAAAUUGGCUAUCAAAGUUCAUGGAGUUGAGGAGAUUUUCGAUGAGAUUGUUCAUAGAGAGUUGGAUCCCAGAUCAGCUUUCGUCAGUCACAUAAAUUCACCGAGUGAGUUUUGGGUACAGGAGGAAAAAUUUGUAGCGGAUUUGGAGACCAUUGCUGAUAGAUUCGUCGUGGCUGACAUGUUUGGGAGGAUUGAAGAGAUGCAGGAGGGGUCUCUGUGUGUUGCCAAAUUUCCUGAGGAUCAGAACUGGUACCGAGCUAGGAUUAUUUCUCAUGGAGAUACUGGAACCAAUGUGAUUUAUAUAGAUUAUGGAAACUCUGCAGUUUCAACGGAAAUUAGACAAAUCCCUGAGGAUCUUGCAGCAAUUCCUCCCCUGUCCAGAAAAUGCUGUCUUCCCCUUCCUGAGGGAGUAGAACACUGGUCUCAGAAGGCUUGCGAGGAAUUUACUAAGAUGGCUGAUGAUGGAGCUACGAUUUUUAUCCUCGAGGUGAUUGAAGAGGGAGAAACUUCCAAGGUGAAGCUCAUUCUGGACGACAGCGACAUUUCGGAGCAGCUUGGAGAACUCUGUGACAAACCAGUAGCAGUUAUUGAGGAAAGACUUUCGCCUCUGGGGGAAGAAACGUCUCCAAAUGUCGUGGUAAGUCACGUAGUGUCCCCCCACGAGUUCUGGCUGCAGGCAGAUUACAAAAUGGCAGACCUGGACCUGAUGGCUGAACACCUGGAGAAUGCUCACAGUUUGUUGCCCCUGAACAACCUUUCAGAAGGCACCAUCUGUGCAGCCAGAUUCCCUGAGGAUAAUCUGUGGUACCGAGCCAAAAUCCUCUGUCACUCAGAAUCUGAAACCGAGGUGCUCUAUAUCGACUACGGAAAUUCAGCUGUUACCAGUGAACUUCGAGCUCUACCUGAAGAUAUCAUCAGGAUCCCCCAUCUCUCCAUGUUCUCCUCCCUCAAACUUCCUGAGGAACUCGAGUGCUGGUCUCAAGAGGCUUGCGAGAAGUUCAUCGAACUAGUGGCAGACGGUGCGACUAUGUUCGAGUAUGAGGAAUUGUCAGAGGAUGAUCCCAGCCUGAUCAAACUGUCUUUGAAUGGUCAGGAUGUCGUGGAACUCUUGGCUCCCCUCUGCAAGAAGAAACAAAUUCCCGAAAUUGAUGAGGAGCUUCGAAAAGAAGUUAGCAAGAUUCAGAUGAUGAGAGACAGUACUGCUGAUGAGACUUUAACCAACUCUUGCCAGGUUCAGCAUGAAAUCAAUGUUGAGAAAAGUCGAGAGGAGAUUGUCAACAAGUUGGGGGAUAUGAUCAUUCAAACUGAGAGCAUCAGUGAACAUCUUUCCAGCAGUAUCGCUGGAAUCGAAGGAACUGCGCAUUCUGAGCUAUCUUCAACAAACGUUUCUGUUAAAAUUGAGUCACCCCCUGACGGCACUCUUCAGAAGCCUGAGGAAGUGGUUAUGGAGGGUAACGAAGCAGAUGCUCUGGAAGGAUCCAGGGAGGGUUGUUCUAUCGCGAGAGAGUUGACGGCUGAUGAUAUUAUUGAGCUGUACUCUCAACCGCCUGCUGAAGGUCCCAAUGGUGUGGACGAUGAGGCGAUGGGUGGGGGCAGAAAUAUCGUUGGAGAUGAGGAAGUUAUUCCAGCCCUAAAGGAAGAAACGAUUGGAGAUAGCGAGCAGACAGAGUCUCCAGUUCUUACAGCAACAGAGUCUGCAGAUAUUCUGGAUCGAGGAGAAAGUAUCACCGAAAUAUCUGGAGUGGAUUUGAGCACCGCAGAAUCCACAAAACACGAUAAAAUAUACCCAGAGAAUGAGAAUCGUCAUUCAACCCUUGUGGACGAGCAAACCACCUCUGACGCAAUCUGCAAGCUCUCUCAACUCAACCUGAGCGAGAACACAGAAACAUCCAUCGACUCAAAAAACAAUCUCAGCGUUGAUUUAAGUCAAGCGAGUGCUGAUACGAACAAACUCCAAAAUAGCGGAGAGAUUCCAAAGUCCCCAGAAAGUCCCAACACCCCUCAUUCCGAAAAACCAGUCUCUGAAGUUGUGAAAAGGGAAAAUGAUGAUGCGGUGCUCACUAUCGAGAAAGAAACUAAUUAAUCGUAUGAAUCGAUUAACUUCAACAUAGAAGCUCACUUCAGUUACUGAUAUAGUUUUGUCAGGAAAAGACUAAAUUCGUGAAUAUUCAUUAUCAUUUAUUAUUUUUGUUUCUCGGAUUUUUUUCCCAUUCUUGGGCUUAUCACUGCUGUUUUAUUAGUAUAGGGUGAUAGAUCACUAGUUUAUGAGCAACUAUUAUCGUAGGGAUUCGACCAAAGACUAAAAAAAUGUGGCUUUCAUCGAUCAAUUGAUCAUUGAACGGCGGCUGAAAAUGGCCUGAAGAUUAAAAUCAAAGACUGACAUUUUUUCAUCGAAACGACGUUUUUUCUUUUUUUUCAUCUUUUGGUGAUUAGGUGAGCCAUGGAGUUAGUGUCAUAGGAUAGGUGAUCACGGUUGCUCGAGGUGCUUCUCUCGU